GGGGGCGGCACUGGCGGGAGGGGCUCAGCGACGGGACCCUUCCCCCUGAGCACCCGGCAGGACCGGCCCGGUCCCCCCUCCUGCGCCAGCUGGGCCGCCGGCUGGACGACACCAGGGAGGACAUGGACGAGGUCUGGAAGCAGCUGCAGGCCGCGGAGGGGCGCCUGGACGGGCUGGCUGGGGCGGACGCGGAGCAGAGGGGCCGCCUGGCCAACCUGAGCAGGGAGCUGCAGGAGCUGAACCGCACCCUGUCCCGCCAGCAGGAGCAGCUGGCAAACUGGAAAGAGGCCAGCUUUUGGGAGUCCUACCGGAGCAUCCAGGCCUCCUCGGAGAACUCGAGGCAGGCGGCGCAGCGGGCCGGUGCCUCCGUGCAGGGGCCAGCCAGCCCGGUGGGCCAGGCCCAGCGCACACGGCAGGCCGCGGAGGGGCUGCUGCGUGACACCGGCGACACCUUCCGCAGGACCCUGGCAGCGCAGAGGAGGUCGCUGCGGGAGGCCCAGAAACGGGCAGCUACGCUCAGCGUCUCCGGGCUCAACGAGAGGAUCUGUGGGGCGCAGGGAGAUCAGGGCUGCGAACAAGCCCCCUGUGGAGGGGCCUCCUGCCAGGAUGACUCCGGGCAGCGGCGCUGUGGGGGCCCAGGCUGCAGGGGGGCGCUCCCCGUCUCCACGCAGGCCCUGCGCUCCGCCCAGGAUGUCUCACGCCAGUUGGAAAGCACGGCCGGGCAGCUGGGCACCAUCGCCCUUAAGGUGCAGGAGAUCCAGGAGCUGGCCCGGGGCGCCAGGAGACGAGCCCAGGAGACACUGGAUGGGUCCCAGGCAGCCAGAGGCCACAUGGAGGAGGCCACAGCCAGGCUGCGAGAAUUCAUCCAGAAGAUCAAGGGCUUCCUGGCAGAGGAGGGAGCCGACCCGGAGAGCAUCGAGCUGGUGGCCCGGCAGGUGCUGAACAUCUCCCUGCCCAGCAGCCCCAGCAGGGUCCGGCACCUGCUGCAGGAGAUCCAGGACAGUAUCCGGCAGCUGGACGGGGUGGACGCAGUCCUGAACAGCACGGCCCACGGCCUGGCUGCCGCCAAGGAGCUGCUCACACGGGCAGGGCAGGCCAGGGAGCGAGCGGUGGGCGUGAGGGGGGUGAUCGCGGCCACGCAGGAGGUGCUGGCAGGGGCGAAGGUCCAGGUGUCCGUGGCGGGGCAGGCACUGAGGAGCACCAAGGAGGCGGUCCGGGGCGUGGAGAGCAGCGUGAAGGAGGCCGAACGCAGGCUCCGGGGGCUGCAGGAGAAGGAGGCGCAGGUGCUGAGGCCCCUGCAGGCGCUGGCGAAACAGGUGGCUGUCCUGCAGGACAAGUCCAGGGCCAACCGGGGGCUGGCCAAGGAGGCCAAGGAGAAAGCUGAGCGAGCCGUGUCAGCCACAGGGGCGCUGGGCCAGGCGCUGGCAGCGGUGAGGCAGCGGUACGCGGCGCUGGAGAGCCAGGUGGGUGGGCUGGCCGGGGCCUCGGGCGACGCGCUGCUCCGGGCGACGCGGCUCCUGCAGGACGCCCAGCAGCUCCUGGACAAGGCCAGCGGCAGCCAGAGGAAACUGGAAGAGCUGGAGCGGCGCUUCGAGGCCGGCGAGGAGGUGCUGGAGGCCAAGGCCACGCAGCUGCAGGCGCUGGAGAGACGGGUCUCUGGGCUGCUGGAGGAGAUCAGGGAGAAGGCCAAUGCCUACGCCACCUGCUAGUGCCAGGGUACCGCCCGCCGGGCCAGACAGCCAGGCUGGACCCCCACAGUGCCCCCCUCCCCCCUGCCAGUCUGAACCCCCCCGGUGCCCCCCGGGCCGGACUGACAGUCUGGACCCCCGCGCCUUCCUCCGUGG